CCCUCCAUCUCACGGUCUCAGUCCCAUCUGGCCGUCCAUUUUUUUUUCUCUAUAAAGCUCAUUCCCUCCCUCUCGUCUGUCAAUCUCUCGCGCGCUCCACCGCUCUGUUCACCCCUCCGUCGCCUGCCCAUGGCCGUCGCCUCCUCCCCUGUCCUCAACUCGGUCGGUUCCUCGCAUUACCUUGCCCCUCCGAGACCGUCGGUAUGGGGUCCGAUCGCGUUCCGUAGCCCCCGCGGCGGCUCCAAGCUACAGAUCCUCUCGAAAAUGUUCGACUCGAAGGCGAAGGAUCACAGCGAGAUCGCCGUCAUUGGUGCCAGAAGGGUGGCGGAUUCAGAGGCGUUGCGGUGGGGGAGAGAGGGAGUGGGGCCGAGGACGAGGCGGAGGAAGGGCGGGGUGGCGAAGUGCAGUGCCGAGGGGAUCGUGGAGCGGGCGGAGCAGCAGGCGACGCAGAUCCCGGAGCGGGCCAAAGUGCUGGCGCUGCUGGCGAUGGUCAUGUGCCUCUGCAACGCGGAUCGGGUGGUGAUGUCGGUGGCGAUCGUCCCGCUCGCUUCCCGCUACGGCUGGAGCAGCUCCUUCUUUGGAAUUGUACAGUCAUCAUUCUUGUGGGGAUAUCUGAUUUCAUCCAUUGCCGGAGGAGCUCUAGCAGAUAGAUAUGGCGGCAAGCGGGUUUUGGCAUGUGGUGCAGCAAUCUGGUCACUAGCUACCUUGCUUACUCCUUGGGCUGCCAACCAUUCCACUGCCAUGCUUUUGGCCAUUCGUGCACUUUUUGGCCUGGCUGAAGGAGUUGCCUUUCCUUGCAUGAGCACUCUCUUGUUCCGAUGGUUUCCCUGCAACGAACGAGCCAGUGCACUUGGCAUUUCCAUGGCUGGUUUCCAUCUGGGAAAUGUAAUAAGCUUCCUUGCAUCACCAAUUAUAUUGUCAAGCAUUGGGCUUAACGGGUCCUUCACCUUCUUUGCCUCACUCGGGUUCCUCUGGGUAUUAGUAUGGUUGGUUGGAAUCACAAAUGAUCCUCGUGAUAGCCCUCAUAUUAGCCUGGCCGAGCUGCAGUUGAUUCAGGCCGGGAAGAAGGACUUGAAGAUGGAGAAAAUCCCAUCUUUUGGCUACUUACUCUCCAAGUUACCAGCUUGGUCAUGCAUCUUUGCCAACAUGACUAACAAUUGGGGCUACUUUGUACUUCUGACAUGGAUGCCCAUGUAUUUCAAGACUGUUUAUGAUGUGAAUCUGAAACAAGCGGCAUGGUUCAGUGCUGUACCUUGGGGGGCAAUGGCUCUGUCUGGUUAUGUUGCAGGAACUACUUCGGACUUCAUGAUCAAAUCUGGCUGCAGCAUAAUAAAAGUGCGAAAGAUCAUGCAGUCGAUCGGCUUUAUCGGACCAGCUCUGUCGUUGUUGAGCUUGAGGUAUGCACAAACAUCAACAGGAGCAGCAGUGCUCAUGACUCUAGCUCUCAGCUUCAGCUCUUUUAGUCAAGCUGGUUACAUGCUCAAUAUUCAGGACAUUGCUCCAAAGUAUGCAGGAUUUCUACAUGGAAUAACGAAUUCCGCGGGGACAUUCGCAGCAAUUAUCAGUACAGCAGGAACAGGUUACUUUGUCCAAUGGCUUGGAUCAUUUCAUGUCUUCCUCACCCUCACAGCAGCUGUCUACUUGACCACCACAAUUUUCUACAAUCUGCAUGCCACAGCUGAACAAGUAUUCUUCUAAAUUUUUGUAGUUAUUUUUAUUUAUUUACUAGUGAUUGUUAGAUUCGUCGAAUAAAUUUGCAAUUUUUGAUGGAUCAUGAAUGAUAUUGAUCGCUCGUGUCUGCCAUUGAUAGAUGGCAAGCACCAAUAAUAGGCGACCAAUCCAUCUAUCAAUUGUUUAUGUUGAUGAUCAACUAAAAUUAAAUUUUACAGUGUAGUCUGAAUACUCAUAAAGUAUAUUUGGAAGCAGAUGAAUCUCA